CCAAGAUCAUGCCACUGCACUCCAACCUGGACAACAGAGGAAGACCCUAUCUCAAAAAAAUAAAAUAAAGGGCUAGACUUACUUUGGUACAACACAUUGCAUUAUAAUACUGUUUUUUAACAGUUAUACACAAAUCAGAAUAAGAGACUUCUUCAGACUAAUGUUCAAAAUUAUUUUCUUUAUCCUGUGUAUUCAACCCAUUUUUUCCUAAAACAUCCCAUGUAGCUGAUUUCCCCAGAAAGAAAGAAUUAAUAUUAUAAAUCACUAUUGUCUUCGUUUUCAAAGGGCGAAGGGCAAGGAGAAUAGUAAGGGGAUUCAGAAAGUUCUAAGAAAUCUGUCCUAAAUUUCAAACUAAGCCUAACAGAAUGAAUUCUAUAAAUAUAGAAUGUGUCGUGUCUCACAGUUUUGUUCUCCUCUGUCUCCUACCCAAUCUCACCUUCCUUCGGGGUACAGGCUCAUUUUAAACUUAUUCCUCAGUUUUGUAGGUCCUUUUAGUAUAGGGUAAGGGAGCAUCUUUUCUCGCUUAGUAUGUUAGAGGUUAUCCUAAAAAAGAAAAAAAAAAUUCGUUUUUAGGGUCAUAGUGGAGAGGCCAGCUUCUCUUCCAUAUAACUCUGCCAGAGGGAACUUGUAAAACUCAUGCCUAGCAGCCUACCCUACCUGGUUCUUUUUGAGAAAGGCUGUCUCCCUUGCCCAAGCAUGCUUGUUUGGAGAAAGAUACAUGGAAUGGUAAGGCAGGAAAGGAACCCCAGACCAAGACAGCUGGAUCUUGAAUUAACAACUGAUGUGUUCCAGUCACCCCCACAGCAGAGAGCACCAGUCUCUUGCCUGCUGAAGCUCUCUUAUCGUUGUCAUCCUGAAGACUCAGAUUGAGCACAUGGUCCAGAUAGGACUUGCCUGUGUCUUCAGUCAGGCAAAGUUCGUGAGUGAUCUGCAGGCCAAGAAGAGAUGCAGGCAGCUGUGCAGGAAGUGCCUACUGGUGGUAAUCAGCUAGCUUGUUAGGACGGACUUAAUUGUAUGCUGCAGGGAGCAGGAGAAAAGAUUUUUUAGUUUAUUCCAGAAAGACAUUCAGAAAACUUUUACAAUGGCUCUUUCCAUUGUAACUGCACACAGCUCCUAAUUUUCCAUGUGCUCAAACAAUUUAUAACCUAAGUGUUUAUGAGUCUCUAUUUUUCCUCAAUUCUGGUUAGUUCCUGCAGGAGAAACCUCUCACCCCAAAACAGCUUUUCUCUUACAAUUCCCAGCACCAUGGAUUGUACAUUCCCUUGUGAUCAAAGCAGAGAGAGAAGAGAGUAGAUCACAGAUCAUUUAUUUCUCUGUAGUGAAAUUCCCCUAUAUUUGAUCUUUUCCUAGAAAAGGUCUCUCUAAAAACCAUGUUCUUUGGUGCUAUAUUCCAGUUGUCAUGAACUCCUUGAAACUAAUUCGUGUUCUCAGAUCCUUUCAAAAACCAAGCACAUAUAUUAAUACUUCCAUUCAAACACAAGUAAAUAAGUAAAAAGCAAAUAAACCAACUUCAUGCUAGUCUUCCUCUGUCAGUAACUCAUUGCCACAGACCAGUUCUUUUCUAAGCCCUUUAGUAGUCCUGGUCUUUUUGCUUCUCUGAAUUUUUUGGAAAACAUUUUGAUAUAUCAAAACUUACAGAUUAUUUCUUCAUCAAAAGACAUGAAGAAAUAUUUUCUUGCUUAAGAGUAUAAUAACAGGGCAGGCUUUUAACCACUGUUCUGACUUUGAAACUUAGCAGAUUUAUAGGAAGUCGAUUAAAUGAAAGUAUUUCUUGUCCUUUGCUCCAAACCAACAUUGUAGUAGAAAGUGCAGUAAGAAAAAGAAGAGGCCACAUCUUUAUCAUCUCUCUAGCUUCAUAUCCUGCAAAGUGUCUGGCAUAUACGUGAUUAUAUAUACAAAUAUUUGUUGAGUAAUUGAAUGACUAUAAAAUUAAAAUCUAAACUCUUGUCCUCAAGAGUUUAGACGCUACUGGAAAAUAAUUAUCAAGUUAUAAAAUAUUACAGUAGAAGCCCUUUUACCUGAACAUGAUUGAGUUUGCUAGUAGGGAAUCAUAAACUAUAUGUGUGUGUACUAUAAAAUGUGUAUAGAAACAUUUGAACUCAGGCAUUAAUUUAUUCUGAUGUCUUUUGAUACAGGGUCAAAGCCUUUUCUCUGAGAAUGAGUCUCAUACAUAAUUAGAGUUCUGUGAGAUAUUUCUUUGAUAAAUCACACUCAUAAUAUGUUUGUUGUCUGAUUUGUGGUUUUAGUUUCUUUAGAGAGAGAACGUAAUAGUAAAGCAGUUUGAAUGUAGACACCUUCUAAACUUUAGUGAGUUUUCUCUUUCAUCCCACCCUUACCUAAUUUUAACAACAAAAUCUUUUUAGUAGUUUACUUUUACUAAAAGUUAGGGGUUUUUUACAUUUUAGAACAACUUUUCUUUUCCACGCUUACAUUUUGUCAGUUCAUGUAAUUGAAUUGAGUAGUUACUGUGAAAAGUACAACCAGCAUAAACAGACUGAGGACAAAUGCAGCUGACUCUUAGCACACAACCCAACUAGUAAGGUAAGAAAUAUGAGAGUGUAAGAGAAGCUAUUAGCCACAAAUCCAUGUGUGAUGGGCAUUGGUUGCUCUGUUUCACAGGAGAAAUGGAGAGCAUUGGCUGAAUAAGAUAAUAUGUUAAGUGGAGGUCAUUUGAGAGAGAUUAUAUAGUAUUUCACUAAGUGCUGUAUAUAUAAAGUUAAGAAUUACAGUAAGGGGACUUAAAUAAUCAGGAAGCCUUCAUGAAAUAGUUAAAUUUUGAGUUGGAUCUUGAAAGAUGAUUAGAAUGUAUAAUUUGAGGAAAGGGAGCAUUCUCAGGAAAGGAAUGAACCUGCUCACCUAAAGCCACAGGUUGGUUUUGGGAAGGAGGGGAAAUAUAAUUUAAAGUGUGAUUUAAUAGAAUAAGCAUUAAAUUGUAAGUCUAAAGGCCUAGUUGCAUUCCUACAUACCUUUUUGACAUUUUAUUUAGGAGAUAAAUAAUGAGGGAGAAAAAGAGUAUUCUAGUCAGGAGUGUAAGGGAAAAAUUUGGGAAAGCCACCUGCCUCAAAGAAUUAACAUGGAAGCCCAGUGAGAGAGAAAAUUGAGAAUAUAAGGAAAGGCCCAGGAUGAAGCAUAAGACCAGUGGUUUUCAGUUGUAAUCCUCUUUCAAUCAUAGUACAUAUCAAAAGCUUUCAGAUAAAAUUUGAUGUGAACAGAAGACUCUGCCACUUAAAAGAAAUUCUUUAAAACACAGCUUUAGACACAUAAGCCUAAUGUAUACAUUAUAAAGAGUUGUCAAUGUCUUGAAAAGAAAUCAGUGGGAUAAAGCAGACUUAAAUUUGUAGGAAAUAGUGGAAAACCAAAUAAUUUAAUUUCCACUAAAUUAGACAAAGGUUCAGUAAAAGAGGGUUGUAAGCUGUUUUUGUUUUGUUUUGUUUUGUUUUAAUAAUAUUUGGUGUAUGUUUUCUAGAUAUAGAAAAUAAAUGCUGGUUGAUGUGGUUGAUUGAAAAUAAAUAUUGAAAUCUAAAUAUUAAAUGUGAGAGAAAACAGCCCUCUGUAUCAAUGGGUUCUGCAUCUAGUUGGAAAAGAUUUGGGGAAAAAAUAUGGUUGCAUUUGUAUUGGGUAUGUAUAGACUUCUUUUUUCUUGUCAUUAUUUCCUAAACAAUGGAGUAUAACAGCUAUUUACAUAAGACUUAUAUUGUAUUAGGUAUUACAAGUAAUCUAGAGAUGCUUUAAAGUAUAUGAGAGAAUGUGAGUAGGUUGUAUACAAAUAUUACACAUUUUAUAUAAGAGACUUGAGCAGCCAUGGAUUUUGGUCCGUGGGGGGUCCUGGAACCAAUCCCCCACAGUUACCAAAGGAUGACUUUACUUUAUGAUUCACUUACAAAUAACUAUAUGAGGCAGAUAUUUAAUAUAUGAUGAAAUAAUAGGUAUUUUAAAAAUCUUAACUGAUUUCUUUAAAGCUUCUCAAAGGGAGAAAUCUUACAAAUUCAGUAUGUACUAUGUCAUUGCUGUUUGAUCAUCUUUUCUGUCCUUUUUGUUUUAGCCACAUUUGACUUGCUUAUAUGUAUCUAAAACUUAUUUUCUAUGGCAUUCAGUUGUUCUACUUUCUUAACCAAUACUUCUGAGAACAAAUUUUCAGUAUGUUCAUAAUCAGUUCAAGAAAAUGUUUGAUAACUAAGAUAGUCUUUUGCUUUAAAAAAUGUUAAGUCUGAGAUCAACAGAUCUUUUUGUAAAUUCCCAUUUGAGAGUGAAAGUUUCUGUUUUUCCUCUUAUUUUGACUGGGAGAGAUCUGGAAAGUUUUGGAUAUUUACUUUGCUUCGAAUAAAAAAUAAAAAACUAUUCUUAAAAUAAUAGUUUCAAAUUCAAAGUUCAUUAUCCUGUUCUUUUUUUUAUAAAAUAUUAAAGAGAAAAAGCUGAAAAUGUUCUACAUGCACUUUUUCUUCUAGUUUGAAAAGAAACUGCUUUAUGUGGAUUGACACCUCACAUACUCUGAGUUUAAGAAGUUAGCAUUAUCUGAGAAGGUACUAUUUUUAGGUCCAGCUGUAAUGUUUCUAACUUUGGUACGCAGAGUAGUGGGUGCUUCCUUUCCCAGAAGGCUCCAUAUUCUCAACAUGUGCAGGUCAAUUUGACAUAAAGCUUCCAACAAGGAGCAACAGGCCCGUUGCAGGCUGUGUUUAUAACUUGAAAAUUAUGAACAGGUAUUGGGAGCCACAGACUGUAUUUGGGAACCAGCUGCAUGUCAGGACAAGCAUAGAUUGUGGUCCGUGGAGGCUGGGAGAGCACAAUGCUUGAAUUUCAUUUCUUUGGGAGAUAAGAAGAAAAAAAUCUUCCUACCUGACAAGAUUGACAACUUGCUAAAUCUGAUUAUCUUCAGAAGUGUGCUGGACAGUUGCGAAGUAAACAUUCACUUUUCAAAGAUGAUGAUCAAGGAAACAUCUCUACGAAGGGACCCGGAUUUAAGGGGAGAGCUAGCUUUCCUGGCAAGGGGCUGUGAUUUUGUUCUCCCUUCACGGUUUAAGAAGCGGCUGAAGUCAUUUCAGCAGACACAGAUUCAAAAUAAACCAGAAAAGAAACCUGGAACACCACUCCCACCUCCAGCCACCUCUCCAAGUAGUCCCCAACCUCUGUCCCCGGUUCCCCAUGUGAAUAAUGUUGUGAAUGCACCAUUGUCCAUAAACAUUCCACGAUUCUACUUCCCUGAAGGACUCCCAGAUACCUGCAGUAAUCAUGAACAGACUCUAAGCAGAAUUGAAACUGCUUUCAUGGAUAUUGAAGAUCAGAAAGCAGACAUUUAUGAAAUGGGGAAAAUUGCAAAGGUCUGUGGCUGUCCUCUCUAUUGGAAAGCCCCCAUGUUCAGGGCUGCAGGGGGAGAGAAGACAGGAUUUGUGACAUCACAGUCAUUCAUUGCCAUGUGGAGAAAGUUGCUGAAUAACCAUCAUGAUGAUGCCUCUAAAUUCAUCUGUCUUCUAGCAAAGCCCAACUGCAGCUCUCUAGAACAGGAGGAUUUCAUCCCUCUACUUCAGGAUGUGGUGGAUACCCACCCUGGUCUCACGUUCCUGAAAGAUGCUCCAGAAUUCCACUCCCGCUACAUCACCACGGUUAUUCAGAGAAUAUUCUACACAGUCAACAGAUCUUGGAGUGGAAAAAUUACUUCGACAGAGAUAAGAAAAAGCAACUUUUUGCAAACCCUAGCACUUUUGGAAGAAGAGGAAGAUAUAAACCAAAUUACAGAUUACUUCUCCUAUGAACAUUUCUAUGUUAUUUAUUGUAAAUUCUGGGAACUAGAUACUGAUCACGACCUCUACAUCAGCCAGGCCGAUCUGUCUCGAUACAAUGACCAGGCUUCAUCAAACAGGAUUAUUGAAAGGAUAUUCUCUGGGGCAGUAACAAGGGGAAAAACAAUACAGAAAGAGGGAAGAAUGAGCUAUGCAGAUUUUGUUUGGUUUUUGAUCUCUGAAGAAGACAAAAGGAAUCCUACCAGCAUUGAGUAUUGGUUCCGCUGCAUGGAUGUGGAUGGAGAUGGUAUACUCUCCAUGUAUGAGCUGGAGUACUUCUAUGAGGAGCAGUGUGAGCGGAUGGAAGCCAUGGGAAUUGAGCCCUUGCCAUUCCAUGAUUUACUGUGCCAGAUGCUUGACCUAGUGAAGCCAGCCGUUGAUGGCAAAAUAACUCUAAGAGAUCUGAAGAGGUGCAGAAUGGCUCACAUCUUCUACGACACUUUCUUUAAUCUAGAGAAAUACUUAGACCAUGAACAGAGAGAUCCCUUUGCGGUCCAGAAGGAUGUUGAGAACGAUGGGCCUGAGCCCUCAGACUGGGACCGGUUUGCCGCUGAGGAGUAUGAGACUCUUGUUGCAGAGGAAUCUGCCCAAGCACAAUUCCAGGAAGGUUUUGAAGAUUAUGAAACAGAUGAACCUGCCUCUCCCUCUGAAUUUGGAAACAAAGGCAGUAAAAUAUUAAGUGCAAGCCUUCCAGAGAAAUGUGGAAAGCUUCAAUCAGUGGAUGAAGAAUAGCUCCCAGUGUCUACAAUGAAACGAAGAUGUGUAUUUUAAAUGUUUCUUUCUUGUGAAGAGAUGUUCUCGUUUGCAUACUGCUUUUUAAAGACUUUGAUUUCUCCAAGUGUGUAUCUGCACUAGGAACUUUGUUUUUAAGCAGUAGGUCUGGAUACACAUUUAACUUAGGAGACUCCUCCAAUUUGCCUCAAACCUCUUACGGAGCUUUUCCUCAGAAGUGGUACCAUCGCCUUCCGAAGUCAGCACUCUACACCCUUGAAUGUACCAAGGAUCUCUUGGGGACGGUGCCAUGCACGGUUCUCUACACAGGUGACUGAAGUUGCCUCUGUGUUGGCUGGCAUCCGAGUCCCCUCCGGGCUCCUAUGGAGCCUAGAAGAAACCGUCACUUGCAGAAAACUUGAGUCAAAAAAUUCUGGAACUUGAAAUAGUAGUAAGGGCCUCCAGAAUUGACUUAGCCCUAGUAAUAAAAGCACUGCCAAAACAUCUCAGAGACUUCUUUUAAUUCUAUGUAUACUGGAGUUCAAAGAUCUUGAACUUACCUGGCUUCAUGUAAUUUCACAGUUCCCUGCCAAACUACUAGUCACUUUACAUCCUCAGGUAUUGUAACCACUGGGCCUUCCAACUUCGCUGGCAAGCUCUGGUAACCUCCCUGACUGUGGAUCUUAUAUAAGAUCUCAAGAAAAAAAAAAAAAAACUUCUUAAAUGAAGUACAGAAUUUGACUCAUACUUGGAAAAAGCCCUUUUAACUUUUAUUCAUUGAACUAUUGAAUGAUGUAUUUAAUCUCCAAAUUAGUUAAUACUGUUUUCACUUCCUAUCAGAAGGCCUGCUUGAUGACAUAAAGGAAUAAUGAUACAUUAAAAUUCUUACUAGAUAUAUUCCUUUCUCCCAGGAAUAUUAGACUAGCUAAUAAAGUUAAGGCCUCAAUCAAUGUUAUUCCUUACUUCAUGUUCAAAAAAAUUACUACAGAUACUUCAUCCACCUCAUUAUCAAGGAAAUGGAAAAUGAUACACCUAUAAAAGAAAGCUAUUAUUUACUGUAGAUGUGUUCACUACAGAAUCCUACAUUUUUCAUCAGGCCACAGUCCAGCCAAAUCCUGUAGUAUCCUUGAAAAGAAACUAUUAAAAAUGAUAGACAUUUCUGAUGUAAGUAAAACCCCCAAGCAACUUAAUAUCCAUCUGUCAGUCAUCGGCUUUUCCCCUAGAUUUAUUUUUUUUUAACUAGUUCUGAAAGUGUCAAGAAUAGCUUCCCUUUCCACCCUACCUUGGUUCCCUCCUUGCUGGCAUAAAAGCCAAGCAGUGAAAUGAACUUUGAGUUAGGGUUAUCGUAGGCAAAAAGAAAAGGAGAAUUUAGGUAAUACGCUAUAAACCAGGUACAGCACAGUAAGUUAACAAUCCUAGGACUCCUGCCUGUCACAAGCUCCCAGUUUCCUGUCAUUUUAUCUUCAUGAUUAGAACUGAUCUUCCAUUUAACUGUUACAGAAAGCAGUAACUACUGCAGCUAUUUAAUAGUUCACACAAAAUAAUUAAAAGCUUAAAAAUAACAAUUUUUAAGAAACAAUAUCCAAUAACCUACACACACUGAUUAUUAAGAUUGUUUAUGUGAUAAAUGAAAUGUCCUACCAAUCCCAUCCAGCCUUUACCAGGGAAGAAAAGCAAUCAUUUUAUUUCAGAUAGAAAUACAAAAAAAUAAAUACUUUUCUUAGAAGCCAGAUACGGUUUAAAUGUUUUAUUAUCCAUAAUGACCUAAACUACUAGUAAGAUUCACCAAAAAGUAAAAAUAAAAUUCAAUUUUACAAUAUACUAUUUGGCUUUUUUACCUUGGUUCUCCUUAACUGAAGUCCUCUUGCUUUCACUUUCAUCUGGUUUUUGAAGUCUCUAAUUAUUGGCUGGGCAUAGUGACUCACGCCUAUAAUCCCAGCAUUUUGGGAGGCCAAAGGAGGUGAUCACUUGAGUCCAGGAGUAAAGACCAGCCUGAGCAACAUAGUGAGACUCUGUCUCUACAAAAAACUAAGCUUAGUUGGGCGUGGUGAUGCACACCUGUAGUCCGACCAACUUGGGAGGCUGAGGCAGGAGAACCACUCAAGCCCAGGGCUUGGAGGCUGCAGUGAGCUAUGAUUACGACACUGCACUCCAGCCUAGGCGACAGAACAAGACCCCAAUCUCUUACAAAGUCUAUUAUAAAAGUACAUCUAUCAAUACCAUUCCAUUUAAGAUGGGCUAUUGUAAUAGUUUACCCACAUUAUUACAUUUUCAGGAAUUGUAAGAAUGUGUUUGUUUUAUUGUACUCCUUUCUUGGAGCUGAAUGCAAGGAAUGUGAAUUCUGAGGAAUUAAGGUAGAAUAUAUUUGACUUUCUGGUAAAGAUCAUGGUAAAUAUAAUCAUUACUGCCAAACUGGAAUUUACAAGUUACAAUAUUCCAGGCCCCUUGAUAAAAGCUGAGGGUUAUUAUCAUGACCUUAAUGCUAAUUCAGUGAGAAAUGAGUUUAAUAGCAUAACAUUACCAAGGUAAUCAAACUAAUAAAAUUCCAUGUAUCUUCCCUGCAUCUUAUCUAUGUCACUGUGUACCAUUCAAAGUGUUUAUAAAACUCUAGAUUGAUCAAAUGAGAUUUGCUCAGCUUUUUGAAAUGUUAAGAUGUGUUUGGAGAAGGCUGCAUGACUUUUGUUUUUCCCUUUUAGCAAAACUAAAUAAAGUUGUCAAAUAUGAA